AUGGCUUUGCCUUCCAAUGAAGAAGUGAAGAGAGCAAUUAUGGGGUUGAAUGGGGACUCAGCUGGUGGACCGGAUGGAUUCACUGGAGCCUUUUACCAAACAUGCUGGGAAAUUAUUGAAGAAGAUGUAGUCCGCAUGGUCAAGGCUUUCUUUUGCGAGGAACAUGCAGGUUUUGUGAAGCGCAGAAGCAUAGUUGAGAACGUGCUUCUAACUCAAGAAAUCAUUAAGGAUAUCAGGUUGAGAACAAAAGCAGGUCCAAACGUUGUGAUUAAGCUUCAUAUGGAAAAAGCUUACGAUAGGCUUUCAUGGCUAUUCCUGACCAAAAUACUAAGGAAAAUGGGAUUUCCUGAAGCUUUUAUUGGCUUGAUCUUUGAUUUGAUUGCGAACAAUUGGUACUCUAUUCUUAUAAAUGGUCAGCCUAAUGGAUUCUUCAAAUCAUCGAGGGGAGUUAAAUAG